AUGUGGACGUCUCUCGCUGCUCUGACCAUGUGGACGUCACUCUCUGCUCUGACCAUGUGGACGUCACUCUCUGCUCUGACCAUGUGGACGUCACUCUCUGCUCUGACCAUGUGGACGUCACUCGACUGCUCUGACCAUGUGGACGUCACUCUCUGCUCUGACCAUGUGGACGUCACUCUCUGCUCUGACCAUGUGGACGUCACUCUCUGCUCUGACCAUGUGGACGUCACUCUCUGCUCUGACCAUGUGGACGUCACUCUCUGCUCUGACCAUGUGGACGUCACUCUCUGCUCUGACCAUGUGGACGUCACUCUCUGCUCUGACCAUGUGGACGUCACUCUCUGCUCUGACCAUGUGGACGUCACUCGCUGCUCUGACCAUGUGGACGUCACUCGCUGCUCUGACCAUGUGGACGUCACUCUCUGCUCUGACCAUGUGGACGUCUCUCGCUGCUCUGACCAUGUGGACGUCACUCUCUGCUCUGACCAUGUGGACGUCACUCUCUGCUCUGACCAUGUGGACGUCACUCUCUGCUCUGACCAUGUGGACGUCACUCGCUGCUCUGACCAUGUGGACGUCACUCUCUGCUCUGACCAUGUGGACGUCACUCUCUGCUCUGACCAUGUGGACGUCACUCUCUGCUCUGACCAUGUGGACGUCACUCUCUGCUCUGACCAUGUGGACGUCACUCGCUGCUCUGACCAUGUGGACGUCACUCGCUGCUCUGACCAUGUGGACGUCACUCUCUGCUCUGACCAUGUGGACGUCACUCUCUGCUCUGACCAUGUGGACGUCACUCUCUGCUCUGACCAUAGUCUGCGCAGAGUCUCUGGAGAGUCUCCGCAGAGUCUCUGGAGAGUCUCCGCAGAGUCUCUGGAGAGUCUCCGCAGAGUCUCUGGAGAGUCUCCGCAGAGUCUCUGGAGAGUCUGCGCAGAGUCUCUGGAGAGUCUCCGCAGAGUCUCUGGAGAGUCUCCGCAGAGUCUCUGGAGAGUCUCCGCAGAGUCUCUGGAGAGUCUGCGCAGAGUCUCUGGAGAGUCUGCGCAGAGUCUCUGGAGAGUCUGCGCAGAGUCUCUGGAGAGUCUGCGCAGAGUCUCUGGAGAGUCUCCGCAGAGUCUCUGGAGAGUCUGCGCAGAGUCUCUGGAGAGUCUGCGCAGAGUCUCUGGAGAGUCCUCCGCAGAGUCUCUGGAGAGUCUCCGCAGAGUCUCUGGAGAGUCUGCGCAGAGUCUCUGGAGAGUCUCCGCAGAGUCUCUGGAGAGUCUCCGCAGUGGCUCCGUCUAA